AUGGCGUUCGAGGCCGCCAGGCAGGAGAUCUACCCCUACAAGGAGGAGCGGAUCAUAGUCGAGGGGCUCUGCAAGUACGCGUGCAUGCUGGGCGGCGGCCUGGGCGGCCUGCCCACCAUGGUCCUGUACGCGAACGCCCGGCUGGAGUACCGGAUCGGAUCCUCGCACGGAACGCCCGACCCUCCUGGCCGUGGCCCUCAUCAGCCUGGCGGCGGUGCCAGUCAUGCGGCAGGCACGGAGCCGGCGGAGGGGUGGCCCGGGCGCGGCGGACGGCCCCGGCGCCGGCGCGGCGCGGGGCGAGCAGGAGGACCCGCAGGUCAGCAUAUGGCGCGAGGUCUUCCUGCGAGGGGCCUGGAAUGGAGCGCUCCGGCAGAUGUGGGCGCUAAAGUUCUGGAACGGCGCGUAUGGGGCCUCCAUCGCCUCCAUCCGAAGAAGAAGAACGCGUACGAGCUUUAG